AUGGUAGCAUCCUUCGACCCUCUCUCACCAUCCUUCGCAUCUUCCUCAGGAAGUGGUGUCGUCGACAAAUCAACAUUCAAGACUUUGACUAGAGAACGUCAAUUCCGACAUCCACCUACCACCUCAUCCGACGUCCCCGCUUUGGACGAAUUGGUCCAACCUCAUAUCCAGUCGUUCAAUGCGUUGAUUGAAGAUGAGGGAAACAAAGGGUUAUUACAAUUGGGUGUAGAGGAUAUAGGGGAAAAAGUCGUUUUUGAUGGGAAGGAAUGGGAUAAUGAUCCGACUGGUUUUGGAAGUAAGAUAACUUACCGUAUUGACAGAGUAGCACUUUCGAAACCCCUCGUACCGGAGAAAGAUAAGUUGGCUAUUGAACGACGUAUUUUCCCUGCCGAGGCUCGAGAACGUCUUACCACUUAUCGAUCGCGAUUGACCGUCAAUAUACGAUGGACUGUCACGGGACCUGAUGGGGUUUCGAGAGAACAUGAGGAGAUCAAGGAAUGUGGUUUGUUACCUGUUAUGACGAGAUCAAUCCGGUGUAAUCUCCAAAACCUUUCAGCAGAAGAGCUCAUCUCUCACGGCGAAGAAUCAACUUCUUUCGGAGGAUAUUUCAUCGUUAACGGAAAUGAGAAGAUCAUACGAUAUUUGAUUUUACCCAGACGACAUCAUCCCCUGAACCUAUAUCGACCAUCAUUCGCCAAACGAGGAGUAUCCUAUACACCUUAUGGAUGUCAGAUCAGAUGUGUCAGACCAGAUCAAUCGGCAUGUACCAAUACGAUCCACUAUCUCUCUAAUGGAGGUGCUACACUUAGAUUCGCAUGGAGGAAAGUCGAAUAUAUGAUUCCACUCAUGUUGAUCCUUAAAGCUCUUGUCAACGCAUCCGAUAAGGAGAUUUUCGAAGGUCUCAUCCAAGGUGAAUACGACAACACCUUUUUGACCGAUCGAGUAGAGUUAUUGUUGAGAGGUCAGAAAACUUGGAACCUGCAAACUGGAGAACAAUGUUUGGAUUAUUUGGGAGAGAAGUUUAGAGUCGUCCUGAGUUGUCCGGAAGAUUGGAAUAACAUACAAGUUGGAAGUUUCCUGUUGUCAAAGGUUGUUUUAGUACAUUUACCUAAUCCAAGAGAUAAAUUCAGAAUGUUAAUCUUCAUGCUUCGAAAACUUUAUUCCCUCGUAUCCGGUGCUACUUGCGCCGAUAACCCUGAUUCACCUCAACACCACGAAGUUCUCCUCCCCGGUUUCUUAUACGGUAUGAUCAUCAAGGAACGAUUCGACGAUUGUUUGAAUGCUGUGAAAUUGCAGAUCCAACAGGAUCUAAGACAGGGCAAAGCGAGAAGUUUCUCCGAUCCCAAAUACUUUACAUCCGUUCUUGCCAAGACCAAUUGGGAUAUUGGAGCAAAAUUAUCCUACUUCUUAGCCACCGGGAAUCUCGUCUCUCCUACUGGUUUAGAUCUCCAACAAACUUCAGGUUAUACCAUUGUCGCUGAGAAGUUGAACUUCUACCGAUACUUGUCACAUUUCAGAUGUAUCCAUCGAGGAGCUUUCUUUGCGGAACUCAAGACGACAGAUGUCCGAAAGUUGAGACCGGAAUCAUGGGGCUUUUUAUGCCCCGUACAUACUCCUGAUGGUUCUCCUUGUGGUCUCUUGAAUCAUUUAUCUCACACUUGUAAGAUCGUUGUUGGCCAACUCGAUACAUCCAACAUUCCAGCAUUACUCUCAGCACACGGUAUGACCCAGAUAUUCGCUUCUUCCAUUGACGGUCGACGAAUGGUCUGUAUCCAGUUGGACGGCCGAGUUAUCGGAUAUGCCUCACCUCAAAAAUCCAAACAGCUCGCCAACUUGUUGAGAAAAUUGAAAACCGAAGGUAAUCCAAAGGUACCGAUCGAUAUUGAAAUUGGUUAUGUACCAGUAACGAAGGGAGGACAAUAUCCCGGAUUAUACUUGUUCUCAUCUCGAAGUAGAAUGAUGAGACCUGUAACGUACCUUGAAAAUGGUAAAUUAGAUCAUCUAGGUACUUUCGAACAAGUAUACAUGGAUGUAGCUAUUACAAAGCAAGAGAUUGAAAACGGUGUAACGACUCAUUUGGAACUCGACCCGACGAGUAUGUUAUCGGUUAUAGCGAAUUUGACUCCUUUUUCGGAUUUCAAUCAGAGUCCUAGAAAUAUGUACCAAUGUCAGAUGGGUAAACAAUCUAUGGGUACACCUUCGACUGCGUUGAACAAGCGAACUGAUAACAAGAUGUACCGACUUCAAUCCGGUCAAACACCUGUCGUCCGACCAGCUUUGCACAACCACUAUGGAUUCGACAAUUUCCCCAACGGUACCAACGCUAUCGUUGCUGUCAUCUCGUAUACCGGUUACGAUAUGGAAGAUGCGAUGAUCUUGAACAAAUCAGCCCAUGAAAGAGGAUUCGGAUAUGGUACAGUAUACAAAUCUGAUAUAUUCGAUCUGAAAGAUUCCGUCGGUGCCAAUCGAAAUUCAUCAAAACCUAGAUUACAUUUCGGUCUCGGAAGGGAUAUCAAAGAUGAACAUACAUGUUUAGAAUUCCUAUCUCGUGAUGGUUUACCAAGGAUCGGAACUCGAAUCAAAUCUGGUGAUCCCCUGGCUGGAUACAUAGAUGAUACGACUGGCAAAACGAAAUUCCACAAAUAUAAAGGAGACGAAGUGGCAUUCGUAGAUGAAGUGAGGUUAUUAGGAUCAGAUUCGGGUGAUUCAGAAUUACAAAAGAUUCAUAUUAAGCUUAGAAUACCUCGAUCACCAGUAAUUGGAGAUAAGUUUUCAUCAAGACAUGGACAGAAAGGUGUAUGUUCACAGAAAUUCCCGACGAUCGAUAUGCCUUUCAGCGAAUCGGGCAUGCAACCUGAUGUGAUCAUCAACCCUCAUGCUUUCCCUUCGAGAAUGACUAUUGGAAUGUUCGUGGAGUCUCUGGCUGGUAAAGCGGGGGCUUUGCAUGGUAUCUGUCAGGAUGCUACACCUUUCAAAUUCUCGGAUUCCGAUCGACCUGUAGAUUACUUUGGUGAACAACUCAAAGCUGCCGGAUACAAUUACUACGGUAACGAACCUAUGUAUUCUGGUAUAACGGGUGAAGAAUUCCAUGCGGAUAUCUAUCUCGGUUUGGUCUAUUACCAGAGAUUGAGACAUAUGGUCAACGAUAAAUUCCAAGUUAGAACGACUGGACCCGUUGAUCCUUUGACUAGACAACCUGUCAAGGGUCGAAAACGAGCGGGUGGUAUCCGAUUCGGAGAAAUGGAGAGAGAUGCGUUAAUAGCACAUGGAACAUCAUUCUUGUUGCAAGAUCGAUUGAUGAAUUGUUCGGAUUACUCUACUGCUUGGAUCUGUCGAUCAUGUGGAUCACUCACUUCGUUAGGAUUCGAAGAUACCGCUUCGAAUGAAGGGAUGAAAGAGUAUUGUAGGAUCUGCGAUUCUCAUUUACACCAACAGGAUCAACAGGAUCAAACGAAGAAAGAGUCCACGGGAACUGCUGUGGGGGUAAGGAUGAAAGACGGUGUGAGGAAAGGAAAGAUGGAUGUUGUGGCUGUUCCAUAUGUGUUCAGAUAUCUAUGCGCCGAAAUGGCUUGUAUGGGUAUCAGAUUGAAUGUGACGGUGACAUAG